CGUACUUGCUAUUAAUCUGUUAUGGAUCCAUUAUUCUACUUAUCUGCGUGACUGACCGUUUAAUCUACAAAUACAAUAUCUUUCUUUUCGUAGUUUGUCAAAAGUAACAUUAAUCUAACGCCGGUAGGAUUAUUACGUUUAGAGCACAAAUAAUUAUUGAUUGAUCUAGUCGCAUCUUCGUAGAUGGGUAAAUUUUAAACGUCAUCGAUGAUGCAUACUACAAACUGUGUAUGUAAACCAUCACAUAUUUUUUCAUCGGAUUAUUUCCCGAUUAUAAAAUGAUUUCGAUUAAUUUGAUCGAUGCGUGUAAUUACAAUGUACGAAAACACGGUUAGCUUUAUAAUCCCGUGAAAGAGGCUUUAUGAUUCUAGUUACGCUUGGGUCUCGUAGUUGUCGACUUGUUACACAGUAAUAAAGAUGGCGGAUGUAAUGCACGGGUAGCUGACGUUUGCUUCGAUACGCGUGUUAAACGAUUCCUCCGAACAGUCCAAUUGACACAUUACCGUGGGCUAUAUAUGCGCGCGUGUUGUGCAUAGUGUGGUGGAAAUUUUAACUGGCAAAAUGUGUUAGAAAUUUCGUUAAUAUGAGCGAAGGAGCGGAUUCAGUAACGUCGAUCUGCGAAAAUUCGCUUACGACCUUGAAAGUUGAUCCUGAGGAAGUUGAUCCUGAAAAACUUCCUCCACGAAUAAUAUCGCACAAUACCAGGAGGCCACGGUUCUGCUUAAGCAAUAUUCCGCUUUCCCCAUAUAUACUAAUCGAUGGGAAAAAAUUACGUAGUUCGUUGGCUUUCACCAAGAAACGACCUCCGCGACGAGUGAGUUUUCCUGAAAAUGACAAUCUUUUGGUUACGGGAUGUCUGGAGCCUGCCAAUCCUUGGAUACUUGCUGAAAAUGUGAACCGUGAUGAUUUAAUCUCAGCAUACAAGGAAUCCUGUGUAAAACAUAAUACUGAUCCUUUGGAAAUUGUUGUAAGCCAACUUCAGACUUUAGAUACAUCCCAAACACAUUCUGAAGAACUUACAUUAAGAGGACAAAUAUUAGAUCCUAAUGACUGUGAAGCAUUGGAAGAAGUUCUUAAAAGAAUUCAAUUUCAUAAAGUUGAUUUAGAAGCAACAUCUUUGAAUGAUGAGAGUUCUGUGAUAUUAUUUGAUAUGUUAGAGUAUUAUGAGUCUGCAAGACAGUUGAAUAUUUCAUCUAAUCAAGGCAUUGGCGAAUAUGGGUGGCAUGCAUGUGCUAGUAUGAUAAGAAAGACCCAAUGUUUAGAACAUCUUGAAGCUAAGGAUGUAAUACUUGAUGAACAGCACAUGAAUAUCUUGAGUCGUGCAUUGCGAUUAAUCUGCCAUCUACAUGUGCUAAAAUUAGAAAAUUGUGGACUUUCAGGAAGAUGUAUCGUCACACUAGUUUCAGCGCUGAAAGUGAAUACUGGAAUAAGGGAACUGUAUUUAGCUGACAAUAGACUUAAUUUGUACGACGCAAUACAACUUGGUUCUCUUCUUAGGGUAAAUAAUCAUAUACAACUACUUGAUAUUAGCAAUAAUAACAUCCAAGAUGAUGGUGUACGUGAUAUCCUUGAAGGACUUAUUAAUCAAAUACAUGAAGAUAAGAGCGGUAAAGGCUUAAGCAUAUUAGUGUUAUGGAACAAUCAACUUACAAAAAGCUCGUCUCCCUAUUUCGCACGAAUUAUAGCAAUGUCUAAAACGUUAGAAACAUUAAACGUCGGAAAGAACAUGUUGUCCGAUGAAUUAAUAUUUGCUGUAAAAGAUGCAUUGACGAAGAACCGUACUUUAUUACAAUUGGGAAUACAAUCAACUGAACUCACGUGCGAUGGUGUUGUUGCAUUGUCAGAAAUUAUUGGAACAAAUCAGGUUUUGCAAAGGAUAGAUUUACGAAAUAAUGAUGUACGACUGACUGGAUUAACAGCCCUUAAUGCUGCUAUGAAAACAAACAAAAGCAUCACUAAAAUAGAUUUGGAUGAUAAGCUCAGACAAAAAGCAGAUGACCCAGACCAGACCUUAUACACGCAGCUUUUAACUGAGAUUCAAGUCUGUUGCUCGGAAAACGAGCAGAAUCGUAUUAUAGAAGAAAACAACGAAGGUUCUGAAAAUUCACGUCAUAGCAUCCUCUGUAGUACAAAUUCUCGUAAAAUUUCGCUUACUUGUCAAACACUUCCAUGUUCUUUAUCAACCGUGAUUUCGAUACGAAAUAACGUACCAGGGCAAACGAUGCUCGAACCGAAACGUAUCAAUGGAGGUCGUCUACGUUCCCCAGCCCUUAGUCCAGCCUCUUCACCUAUAGCGAGCCCGAUACCAAGUCCUUCACGAAGUCGAUUUGUGGUGUCCCGAGUGCCAGAAACAUCAUUAUGUUCUACAGAAUCCUCAGCAUCUUCGUCACCAGUUACUCUCUCCCUUGAAUCAUCUACCUAUCUCGCAUCUUCUGCAAGUGGGCCAUCUAGAUUUCGAGUCUCUGUUGUUGAAUCAGCAAAUACCAUUUUGCAUAAACCUAUUGUUGCCUCGCCGAAGGCUGACAUUACGUUUGAUUUAAAGUUUAAAGUCAAUAGCGCGGAGUCGACUGAUUCAGAUGACUCCGUCGACGUAUUCGGAUCCAAAUUAGAAACGAAUAACACUCGAAGCGAUGAAAGUUCCCAUAACGCGUCAGGCAAGAUGUCUCAUUUAAUUUCGAAUAAGGUAGAAGAAAGCUGCACACCGUCAACGCAUGAAUCGAUUCAAUCGAAGAACGAACAACAAUUUACCGACGCUGUUGUUGAGAUUCAAUCAGAUGACAGUACAGAUUCUACCGCUCUGAAAGUUAAGGAACAUACUAAUGUACAGAAUAAUGAAAUUCAUAUUCCAAGUCGACUGGAAAGCACUCCAACGGUAAAGAACACAGGACUGUCAGAGGGUCAUUGUAAUGAAGAUUUCAAAGAAAUAAAGACAUCUGCAAUUGUAAAUAGAGGUGACAAAGAUUCCACUGUUUUAGCGAAUAAUAAACCGAUUCUUAUUGACAAACAAGAUACGACCAAAAAACUAGCAACUACUGUUUUAAGCGAUAGAACAGAAGCACAAACGAAGCAAAAGUCUUGCAUUCAGAAACAUACCCCGAAUUUAGAGAAAUUACUUGCGCUAUUUCAAAAUCCUAGUUGUCUUUUCACAAGCAGCCAAUUGAAAUUGAAGAGUACAUUUCAAGGUACUGUAAACAGUCUUGCGGCAACUGAAAGUAAAUUACACUGUUACUUAAAAGAAGAUAAAGACAGGGGUCAGAAAACUGAAGAAACUGGAAACUGUCAGAGAACAGAAGACUCUUCAGCAUCGUCAAAAAGUAAACUAACAAAAUCAUUUAAUAUUUCUCAAAUGUUGAGCUUGAAAAGCAUAACGAACAUGUUUCCGUCAUUUAAAUUCGAAGAUAAUUUAAAUGUCUCUGAACAGAGCGGUAAGUCUCAUUCGAAACCAGUUACCGAAGUAAAUCUUUUACUGAAACAAAAAUGUAGAAAUACUGACCAUAACGAUGACAAUAAACAGUUAAAGGUUCACAUAGAAAGACAAAAAAUUAAUCUUUUUACUAUGGAUAAUCAGUUGGUACCCAAGAAUAUACAAUCAAAAUAUUAUGCUGAUCUUAUUAACAAAGAUUUUCUAUUACCCGCAAAUUAUAUUAUUUCAAAUAUAGCGGUGGAUAACUGUUUAAAGAUUACACAUAACAGUUUCUUAAAACGUAUUUCAGAGAGAAAGAUGAUCGCACCUUUCUCUAAAUUUGUAGAUAGAUAUGAAUAUCCAGUUUUAGAAGCAACUAUAAGUGAUGUAAAAAUCGAAGACAUAGAGGAAGUACUGAGCAAGGUAGAUUCCAUACUGAUAAAAGAAACGUGUGAUAAAACUUUAACGGACAGUAUUAAUUUUACUAGUGAUAGUAAUUCCUUGUCUUGUAAUAUAAUGUAUGAUAGAAAGAAUGUAAAUGAUACGUAUACUGUAAAUAUGCCUGAGAAAGUGCACAAUUUAGUUCUAUUAAACGUAUAUCCGAAACAUGAUGGUAAGAAUAAUUUUGUUUUCAAUGUAGAUAAAAAGCAAAAUCAUUUGGCAUGUUUCGCAUGUACAGAAAGACGCGGUUGUAAUAUAAGUAAUAAACCACUUGCAUAUCACAAUGCGUUAAAGGCAAAUAUAGGAACAAAUUGUUUGAACAAUGAAGUUACCAAAAUGCAUAGUAUUGAUACCAAUUAUUGUAAGAUGGAUUGUACAAACAUUCAGAAUACGUCAAGCGAGCAAGCGGAAGGAAGAGAUAUUUGCCGUGUAAAUAAUAGUAUGGAUUGGCAAAGUAUCUCGACAAGUGAAAAAUCAAAAGUACGAAUGUCCAAGAAGAAUUUUAUGUACGAUGAUAUUAAUCUUGAUUUUAGUGAUGCUAGUGCAGAUUUAAGUACUUCAACUUGUCAUGAAGAAUAUGUUACAAAUACACCAAGAAUACAAGAAAUAACGAAAUCGUUUGAUAUAGCGGGCAACAAAUACUUGGAGAUGUGUACUGUAAAUGAGAUGAAAACUAGAUUACCUUUUAUGGAAAGUAUCACGGGCAAUGUGUUUGGAAAGACAGACAUCACGCCUGUAUCCAGAACGUGUUCUUGUAUAGCAGACUAUAAUAAGUCCAUUCCCAAAGAUCUUAUAUUUUACAUAGCUGACAUUUCUCCUCUCGCUGGGAGUUCCAUGGAAGAGCUCUCAACGGAAAUUAUUCCCCAUGAGUGGUCUCAAGAUGCUGUCAAGUUAAAGACCUCGUUUUGUGCUUUACCUCAAAAUAAUUCAAGCAUGAAUCUCGUUACUGAAGAGACAGAGAAUAUUUGUAAUACCAAUGAAGCUUCCAAAAUCGAGGAUAACAAUUUUUCUACACAUCAUAAUAUGCAGGACAACACGCAUUUUCUUAACAAACAAAAAUUCCAAGAAAACGAUGAGUCUGGAAUUAAGUCUGAAUGUUCCUCAAUAUGUACAAAAGUUUACUCCGUAGCCCAUUCGAAAGAAGAUGUAUGCCUGUUGAAAGAGGAUAGUGGUAUAGAUGAAAAUACAUUAGAGAAUACAUAUAUGUUCACUAAAUUUGGAUCAAAUAUUGCUCAACCUGUAACAUUUACAAAUCCAAAUGCGAUUAGUGAUAUGACUCAUAAAUACCUUAAUACGAUUAAAUGUGCAGUUGCUACAACUAUGUGUUCAAAGGCAGCUGUGAACACAAGGAAUAAUGCCAGAGUUGAAAUGAUUUCUGAUGAGUGCACUAAUGUUGCCGACUCCUCAUCGGUAAUUCAUGCGACAAGCACAAAAUAAGACAGGAAAUGUGGAGGAUGAAGAUGAGGAAAUGGAAGAUGUGGGACUAGAAGCUGAAGAAAAUGACACUUUAUAUGAUUUAGAUGAUGAAAUUGAUGAACUUGAGAAACUUACAAUGGAUCUUGAACCACAAUACCAACGGUAUGCUAAAUGGCGAAUCUAAAUAGAUGCUGUUAGCUUGUUGUUAACACUAGACUUAACAGACCAGUAAAAAUGACUGAUGAAGGAUAUUUUAUUUUGCAAUUAUUAAAAUUUUAUUGAGCAAAUUUAUAUAUUCAGGCAUGUAUUAUAACGAGAAUUACGUGAAGUCUAAAUCAAUGCAGUUAUUGCUUGUUAUUUUUGUAAGGCAAUACGAAUCAGUCGCUUUUAAUGCUCAGUAGUUCUAGUGUUAAUACUCGAUGGUAGUUAUCUAAAAUAGAGAAACAAUCCAAGGAACAAAAUUGUUCUGUGCGAGAAAGGUGUAUGAAGGGAUCUUAACAUUCUUAUUUUUGUGCAUUAGAAUGGGCUAUUUAAUACAUUGCUACAAAUAUCUGUUAUUUCUGCUAAUGAAGAAAAGUGUAAAAGAAGUUAUUUAGUUCAAAGGAAACUAUAUUUCCAAUUGAAGUUGAAUUUUUUAAACACAUAGUUUCCAAAAUUUCAAUUGAUAUUUUUCUAACAACAGAUGGGAAUCAAGUUCAAUUA